AUGUCCAUUAUUAACGAUGAUGACGAUAGACACCAAAAUCGAUGUGAAAAAAUGGAGGUGAACGAUAAUAAUUUAAGAUCUCAAUACACAAUAGGCAGCAACGACUUUAUACUUGUAGACGAAGUCGGGGAAAGACCUAAGAAAAAUGUGAAAGAAAAAUUUCACGAAUUCUCUUCGUGUCUGAACAGUAAUUCAAAGACAGUUUUCACGUACAAAACAAUCACCAAAAGACUGCCGAUUUUACAAUGGUGGCCGACAUAUUCCACAGCCGACUGUAUCGGAGAUCUUCUGGCGGGUAUCACGGUCGGUCUGACGCUUAUCCCGCAAUCAAUGGCCUAUUCUGCUCUGGCCGGUCUACCGCCACAACAAGGUCUUUAUGGUUCGUUCGUCGGCAGUUUGAUGUAUGUCUUCCUGGGCACCUGUAAAGAAGUACCCAUGGGACCGACGGCCAUCGUAUCGCUAAUGACGUACAACACACUCCACGGACUUGGACCCGUGUACGGCACGCUGCUGUGUUUCUUGACAGGUGUCAUCCAAUUAAUAAUGAGCGUAGUGGGACUAGGCUUUUUGAUCGAUUUCAUUUCCGGACCAGUGAACUCGGGGUUUACGUCGGCCGUCGCGAUACUCAUCGUCGCGUCACAAAUCAAAGACUUGAUUGGCAUCAAAGCCGCGGGGACGACGCUAUUAGACAUGAUAAUAUCGAUAUCCAAAGACAUCAAUCAUUUUCAACUUGGUGACACGUGGCUUGGGAUAAUUUGCAUCGUCGUUAUUCUUCUGUUGAGGAGAAUGGCUCUUUGUCAAAUCGGGCCGAAAGAUGUGAAAGAGCAGACCACGUUCCACAAAAUCAUGAACCGAACCAUGUGGCUGAUUGGAACAUUCAGGAAUUCUAUAGUGGUUAUCGUUAGCAGUUACGUGGGUUACGUGUACAUAACUUCGUCUGGACACGACGUGACCUCCAGCGAAAUACCACCUAUACCGUUCAAAGUGGUCGGUAAAAUACCAUCGGGCUUGCCAGAAUUCGAUCUGCCGAAGUUUAGCAUCACGCGAGAUAACGGAACUACAGUAGGAUUCUUUGAAAUGGUCUCGGAAUAUAGGGUUCUGGAGUUAUAG